CAUCUCUUUAAUUUGGAGGUGGAAUCUAGCAGAGGUACGUGGUCCUUCCGAAGAAACGCACUGGCUACGACAAAACAAAGAAAAUCGAUGCUGCUUCUUCCUCUCCUCCUUAGCUUCCUUCUCAAUACGCCACAAACACAAUACCCCCUUUAACAACGCUUCUUCUUCUUCUACUGAACCAACCAACCAUAUACAUAGCAACACAACCACCGUGACAUGAAAAUAGAUUGAUACUCUCUCUCUAUCUGUGUCUCGCUUUUCCCCAAAACGACAAUGGUAGCUGCCGUAUGCAGAUUCGGACGAACGGCGUUCCUCCUUAUUACUAUCACUUUCUGCCUCUCCGUUUUGCAGCCAUUCGCCAACGCGCGUUGCGACUACACGUUCAACGAUGGAAACAAGCUUUACAACUACACACUCUCUUCUCCCAUUCGUCACUUUCCUCACGGAAUCCUCAGUGAAGACGGGUUUUACAAAGUGUCAGUGAACGAGAGCAUCCUUUGGUUUCAGCUUUGCGAUGAAAUGGUUUUCAAUCAUGAUCCUCCAAUAUGUGCUGACUGCUGGGAAUGUGGAGGACCAACGCGAUGUGGGAUGGAGUGCAAUGCACUUGUGUCAAAUAACAUUGGAGGUUAUCAUGUAUGCACCACUCUAGGACGGGGCUCACAAAUAGAAGUUGAUGUUAUUGAUAAAAAAAAUCCCCACACUGGUGUCAUUGUUAAAAUGUCAAGCGGUGGCCUUAAGACCAAUUGUUCGCUAGCUGUCUCUGUGCUUUGUGAUUAUAAUGGAGUAAAAGAACCAUACACUCUGCAGAGAUUGGGAGCUUGUAAUUAUGCUACACAGCUAAAGCAUCCAUCUGCUUGUGCCAUAGUUGUAAAUGUUCAUGGGGGAGGGUUGGGGUGGUUUGGCACCUUAUCAAUUGUUGUUGUGUGCCUUUUUGCUACAUAUCUACUGGCUGGUGCUGCCUAUCGAUUUUUCUUCCUUGGGAUUCGCGGUGUAGAUGCAAUCCCUAAUGUAGACUUCUGGGCCAGCUUGCCUAGAAGAAUACAGAUUUGGUUUUCGUCAUUAGUGAGGAGGUUUAAGGGACCAUCCGAAGGUUACCGAAGCUCCUAUUCUCCGGUGAACUUCUGAUUUUACAUUUUUUGGUUCCGAAUUUUUCUUGCGGGUCCAUUCCAAGAUUAUCUAGGAUAUGAGAAGCACAUGCUGCAGAAAUGGGCAGAUAAGUCAAUUUUUUCAGGUGCCUUCCCUGGUCAGUUUUGGUGAUUCCUUGAUAAUGGAACAUUCUGCAGAAAUCUGUAGUUUUCACUCUAACUUUACCUCCACAAACUUGGUAAUCUUUUUCAAAGAAAAGAAGAUGGAAGAACAAACAGAAAGCAAAAUGAACGUGUAGUGUAUUUCGUAAAGGAAAGAGAAAGAGGCAUUUAUUAUGAUGGAGCUGAUCCAAUAAUUUUGGUUUCACAUUCUUUGGUUAUCAGGUAAUUGAAGGAACUUAUUUUUUUUGUAACUUUGUCUUGCACAAACCAUUUAUUUCAUCCUUGUCCAUGCUAACUUGAAUGGGAUUGGCUUAUAAUAUGAAUUUUUAACAGAUAUUUUUAU